CUAUCUAUCAUCUUAAUCAAUCCCCACUUCUCUCAAUACUUUCAACUCUUCAAUUAUUGCUGGAUGGAAUAUUGUCUCCCUUCUUCUUUCAACCUCCAUAAUCGCCUCAUAAUCGUUUCCCGCUCUUUGCCUUCUCCACUCAGCAAUCAUCGCCGUUUACAGGCGUUUUCUGGCUUCUCAGGAGUCAAACGCGGCCGUUCCACGGUUGUUGUGGCUUCUGCGACUAAUUAUGGCGGUUUUGGUACUGGAGGUGGUAGUUACUGUGAGUUUAGUAGCUUGAACACGCCGAUUCAGCCUGGGACGCCGGAGGGGAGGUUUUUGUCGAGUGUGUUAUUGAAUGAACGGAAGUCGUUUCAUGAGGCCGUGGCGGAGACGUUGGAGAAGGUAGUUGUUGAACUUGAUGAAGCUUAUGCGCGUAGAAUAGCGAGCGCUGAGUCGAGUGAAGCUUGUCUUCACAGGAGGAUUUCUGAGGUGAAAGGGCGAGAAUGCAAAAACGCCAUAGAAGAUAUCAUGUAUCUGCUAAUCCUUUACAAAUUCUCUGAAGUCAAGGUCCAUUUAAUCCCACGCCUUUCAAAGUGUGUCUAUAAUGGUAGACUAGAAAUCUUGCCUGCAAAAGACUGGGAACUCGAGUCCAUUCACAGCUUUGAGGUCUUGGAGAUGGUAAGAGAACAUCUAACAUCCGUUAUCGGAUGGAGAGCAGAUUUUAGUGUGACCGACAAUUGGGCCACAACCAAAAUCAAGCGUGCCGAUCUUUGCCAAAUCUAUACAGCAUCCAUACUUUUUGGCUAUUUUCUUAAGUCUGCCACCUUGAGACACCAACUAGAAAUGAGUCUAGCCAAUCCCAUUGAUGACAUGUUCUUGAACUCGGGCAACCACCUUCCACUGCCAGAGUUAUACAAGUUCAGGCGAAGGAAUCUGGUCUUUGGUCACACUCACACCCACAACACAGUAUCAACUUCACCAUUCGAUGGUAAAAGGAAACAAGAGAAAUUGAGUUCAUAUUUGAUGGGGUUUGCCCCUGAUUCACUAGCAACAUGUGCUGAACCAAAUUCUAUGGAGGCUCUACGUCUGAUAACUAAACAUAGUUUUGCACUUUUUGGUGAUGUUGAAUCUGAUGAAAUAAUAUCUACAUCAUUUGCAACCCUGAAGAGAUUUGUGUUGGAGGCAAUCGCUUUUGGUUCGUUUCUUUGGGAUACCGAAGAAUAUGUUAAGACCGUAUAUCACCUCGAGGAGAACAAGAACAAGUAGUUAAGAUAUGCGGAACCCCAUCAUAUUAAUUCUCUAAGAAAUCCCUUUAGUUAGAAGUAUAGCAGAAAACUUGUGGCUUAAUGAAUUUGUCUAUAUUAGGGUUUUAUAGUAUCUAUCAUCUGGUUUAGUCUUUAAUGUUAAUAGGAGUGUUUGACUUUUUGCACAUAUUGGUUUGAAGGUAUUUUGGAUAUUUCUCUCUUGAACUUUCUGUAGUUUUUUCUUAUUUGGUUAUUUGAUAAUUGCUUUACCUUUUAGUU